CCUGAGGUGAUUCCCUGUCCUCGUUUGGAUUCCCUUCCCCAAGAACCACUGAAACAUGGAGAGCAAUAUUAUCUGGAUCUCGCUGGUGGAAGGAAAUUGUAGAGGCUGAUAUGACUACAUAAGGAUGAACGUUAGAUCAGAUAUACUUAUAAAAUGUAUGCGGAUAUGAACAAAAAAAGCUCCCGGCUUAUAGUUAAUCCAUGACAUUUAAAAUUAAAUGCUAUUGAUUGGAAUAAAGAAAAAACGAAAUAAUGGUCAAAGAGAAAGUGGGAAACAUCUGUAAAGGUCCUGUAGGUGUUGGAUAUACUUGUUAUUGUGCCCCCUUCUUCAAGAAUUUGAAAAUUCGAAUGGAGAGAGAUAAAAGAGAAUUUCAAAGAGCUCAAGUCAAACUAGACCAACGGGUAUCUAAUUUAGAGCAUCUCAUUCAACGGAAUCUUCAGAGAACUAAGAAGAGAAAAUGCUCGUUUACUAGGUGUAGGAGUUUGGAAAUGUUGGACACCUUUGAUAAACCAUCGAUGCAUACUGCGAGGAGCAUGGAUGAUGUUGACCAUUCAAAUGAAACAGAACUAUUUGAAGAUAAGUUGCAACCGACCAUAGUUCACGAAAACAAUAAUAGCGAAAGUAGUGAUGAAGAACAUCCAUCUCAAAAAAGGGAAUCUAAAUGGAACGAUGCAAUUUUGACGUUAUCUUCAGUGUCUAACUGUGAUGUACUUUCUACCAAUGCUUUACCAAGAUAUAGGGGUGGUGUUUAUAGUCCUAGUGUUAGUAACACAUUAGAUACAAAUCUUAUGUAUGUAGAAAAUAUGAUAAAAGUUAAAGACACUAAGCAAGUAUAUAAUAAAUUUUCCAAUAAUCCAGACAUUAGUACAUAUGAAUACAGAUUUCAGCCAGAAAUGAAAUAUGCAGAAUAUCCUUAUUUACACAAUUAUGGAAGCGAGUCGAAUUCGAAUAAAUAUUAUGAACAGAGUUUAACUUCAAAGUUAGCCAAAUUAAGAGUUUUAGAUAAUUUUAAAAAUGAUGUUGGCAAAGUUGAUGCAAAAGGUAUAACAGAAGAUACAAAUUUCGUUACAACGCACUUACAGGAUUCUGUAGAUAGGGAUACUAAUAAUGAUUCAGGAUAUUCAACUAAAGUUUAUGGUAGUUCCAAAGGAAAUUCACCUAAUUUAUCCGGACAAAUAGACAGUGAAUGUUUAGGUGCGUCCAGUUUAGUUUAGUUUACAAAAUAUUCAAAAGGAGGACAUUCUUUUGCUGCCAUAUAAUGAAAUUGCUGGUUAAUAUAUGCUUAAAAACAAUAAUUAUAUUAAUGAAGAUAAUUCCAAUUAUUUUUCAGUUUUAGAUAUUAAUUUAGGCGAUAGCAAAGCUAAAUAUUUAUAAAUAAAGCAUUCCAAUAUUUCCUCAUAUUACUAUAAUUUAAGGAUAAGGAAAGCAUUCUUACUAUCAAAAUAUAUACCUACAAAGAUUUUGCAGGAAAUUUAUUUUAAAUGGAAUGCGAUGUAACGCGAUUAUUUUAUGAUUUAAAAAAAAUAUCUUGUAAACACUUUAUUUUUAUUAUUUCAUAAUAAAAGACACUUAAUUAAAAGCAAGUAUAUUUUAAACAUAUAUUGAAAUUGUCUCACUAAUAAGCAAAAAUCCUACUCACUGAAAUAUAGUUUGACAUUAUAAAUGAAAAGGAACAUACAUUAAUAUAUGUCGAUUAUGUAGAUCAAAAUUAUUAUCCGCAAUAUAUCAAAUGUAUGCCAAUAACUUUUUUAAAACAGAUUUUUUUAAAACAGAUUUUAAUUCCAAUUUCAGUUUUGAGAUGAGUUAGAUAUUAAUACUAAUACUGUUAUUAAUUAAUAUAAAAAAGGCACACCUAUAGGUAAUUUCAAAUUUGUUAUUUAGCAAUAAUGUAAAUAAAUAAGAAAAUAUAAGAAAAUUCGUGCACCUAAUUGUUUUUUAGAUAAAAAAAAUUCUUUGCAAUUAUUAUGAAGAUAUAAUUCCUAUUUAAUACACAGAAUGUUCAUUCUACUACUGAAAAGCGAUUUUAUAUAUUCAUCUAUAAAUGCAAGAAAUAUGAAGUAUUUAAAAUAAUACAUAUUUUAAUAUUUAAUGAAAUGUAUAGUAGAAUAAAAUAAAACAUUGUUUCAUCUUUCUUGUAACUUUUUAAAUUCCCGAAACCUUUUUCUCAUAUCACCUUUUUAAC